AGCGCCGCAGAGCGUUUUUGAGCGAGCCGGCCACUUGCAUUUGACUGCGCUGUGAGCGGCGGGACACUUGUUUGACGGCGCAAGCCACCCAGCCAUAAAGCGGUCCGCGGUGAGUCGUCGCAAGCGCUGUUUUCAGCCGGAAGACGCGAGAGGCCUUUUUCUCGCAGCAAACGCGUGCAUAGACAGCGCGCGAGCGCGGCAGAGCGCAGCAUCUCACUGCGCGCAUCGGAGCGCGCAAGAAAAAAGGCUCGCCUCGACUCCCGCACGCGAGCGCUCUCGGUGCUCCGCGAAAGCGCUCCGCGCACACCAAGCAAAACACCAAGCGAUGACGAAACUCACCUUCACCAAAGACGACCCGCCGCCGCCGGAGUCCCUGCCCGACGCGCCGCGCGCGCGCGCCGCCAGUGCCGCGACCGCCGCGCCGCCGGAAGCACCCGGCGAGGACGCGGCGGUCGACACGGAGUGGACUGAGGAGGACGCGGCGUUCAUGGCCGGCUGGGAGCAGAGCGACGAGAGCGAUGUUAGUGAUGGCGAGCCCUGCCCGUUCUGUGGGGGUCUGGGCCAUUCGGUCGACGACUGCCCCAUGCGGCGCGACACCAAGGGCGAGGUAGCUAAGGAGCAGCGGCCGGACCCCGUCGCGCGCUUGGUCGAUGUGGUGGCCGACGCGGUCCUUGAUGUGGCCGACGAGAAUUUGUCAGCUUUCCUCGCGCGGCUCGCGGCGAACGGGCUGCGGGCGCAGCGGUACAACGACCUGGUCUCCGAAUUGGUACCGGGCAUCUGCGCCGACGCGGCGUUUGAUCCUGAAAUGUUAGCAUCGAAAUUCGAGGUGGAUCCGGAGGGCCUCUUGUUAUUGAGGGAGACCGUGCGGCGGGAGGUCGACAAAUUACGGGCCACGCACGCGCUGCACAAAGACGACCUCACUGGUAACCUAUCGCCGGAGCAGCUCUCCUCAUUCUCUUCCGCAAAAACCUGGGACGACGACGAUACGCGGGAGAUGCCCGUGGAGCCUCCACCGCCGCCGCCGCCGCCGCCACCGCGCACCGUCGACCUCCCGGCCCUGGGCAUCCGCGUGUCUGCCGACCCCACCGACGACGACGACGACAACGACGACCGCGACGAGGUCUUCGCGCGGUCGCCGAGCGGCCGCGUCGACUGGCGCGCGCCGGGCCAGCCCGUCGACGGCGCGUCGUCCGUGCGCCUUGCGCCCGUGCGCGAGGAAGGCGACGACAGUGGUGAUGAGGACGACCUCCCCGCUGAGUACCUCGAGCGGCUCUCGAAGGACCUCGGGCGGUUGGUGGUGCAGGAGGGGCGGAGUCUGGACUCGUUUUAAUAUGCAAGUAGAGU